AUGCCUGCAGAUAAAGAAAAUUGUGAGAAUCACGCAUGGACAAACCUUCUCUAUGUCAACAAUCUUGUGCACAAUGAGGAAAUGUGUAUGGGGCAUACCUGGUACAUGGCAACUGACAUGCAGUUCUACUUGGUCAGCCCUCUCCUGUUUGUUCCAUUCUACUACUGGAUAGUGACUGGUAUCCUCAGCUCAGACAAAGAUUGGAUAGCCUCGGACUUUGCUCCGUUUGUCACUAACCCACAACUGGAGAGAUUUACAGACUACUACAUGGCUCCCUACACCAGAGUAGGACCCUUUGUCAUCGGAAUUUUGGCCGGCUACCUCAUGGCGCGACACGGCGGCCGGAUCGCCAUGAAGUGGUACGUGGUGGUCAUUGGCUGGGCCGUUGCCGUGGCAACUGGCCUCGCGGUUGUUUACGGUAUCCAUGACGACAUAACUGCUGAGGACCCCAGCUCUACAGAAGUUGCCGCUCUCUACAACACUAUGGCCAGGUCGGCGUGGUCUGUCGCCAUCAGCUGGGUCGUCAUUGCCUGUGCUUCGGGAUACGGAGGUCCUGUGAACUGGCUCCUGUCGUGGAAACCGUUGAUCGUGCUGGGUCGUCUGUCCUAUCUCUGCUACCUGAUCCACCCGAACAUCAUGUACAUCUACUUCGGCAACCAGGGAGAUGCCUUCAUGCUUACCGACUCCAACAUGAUAUUUAGCUUUGUGGGCGUGGUGGCUGUCACGUGCAUGUGCGCCUUCCUUUUCCAUCUGGCCGUGGAGACGCCGAUGGUGGAGCUGGAGAAGACUUUUCUCAAGAAGCAUUGA